AUGGAUGGCACCGUCUACACCUACGUGCGUCGAACCGGUAAUCGGCAGCGGUUGCUGUUUUCAUUCCGGCUCACUCGCAAUAAGGCCCUGGAGCUUAGGGCAUUCAUUCAGGCUUACUACGCUCAGCGAAUCAAAAUGACCGACCACGAAGGUCGCGAGUGGUUAGGCAACCUGGUCAACAACCCAUUUGAGUUUGACACACCGCAAAGGGCUGCACCGGCAAUCGCACCGAUGCCUCGGGGCGAGUACCAAGCCAUUACGCUGGAGUUCGAAGGGCUCGCCACCAAUUAUGGGACGGAGCCAGUCAACAUCCUGGCGAUCCAGUGGACCCCUGACGGCCCACUGAGCCAUUAUGGUGAUCGAACGAUCAGCGGGUUCAUCCAAGGUCGCAUCCUAUCGAUCAGCCAAAUCGAUAAUGUGGUGGACGUCUCGGGUGGUGGAUACUCCGAAUCGGUUCAGAUCACCCUGGAUGACCAUGACGGGUCAAUCAAGGCGAUCCUGGACGCCCACGACGUUCACAAACGUCCUUGCUAUAUCUAUCAAUGGUUCGAGGGGCUAGACCUCUCCGAACGCUUCAUCGUGUUCCAGGGACAAGUCUCCAGCCCGAUUACUUGGCGUGAGGGUGAUCGCUCAGUCAGCUUCACAAUUGUCUCGAAGCUGGAAGAUCGAGAGAUUGGCUUCUCGGCCGAAGAAGGUGCCUUCGAAAGUAUUCCCGAGCGACUUGUAGGUCAGCCAUGGCCGAUGGUGUUUGGCACAGCCCUGGAUGUGCCGGCCCUGGCGUUGACUGAGCCUCGUUUAGGUACGAUCACCAGUGGAGCCGCCAUCCGUGACUUCACGCUACCACUUGAAAUCCAAAUGCUCACCGGCCUGUUUGUGAACAUGCAGGUGUUGCAACUGAUGUUCUUCGACCUUGCCGCUUAUGCCUUGGAGAAUGGGAACGAGGCGGCGGCUACGGAGUAUCAGGCCGAACUCUCUCAGAUUUUGAUUCGGCAGGCCGACUUAGCGAAUCAGAUCAACCAGCUUGAAGAAGAGCUAGCCGAUCAGAUCGAACAAGAGACCCCGACCUUAACCGUGUUGGGAGGUGAGAACUUUCCGCAGAAUCAGACUCUCACUAUUGAUAUUAACGAGGGUUUGUUCACUGGCUACUUCCAAGGGCAAACCUUCCAUAUCCUCUCCCGCCAGCACCCAAGAUUCGGUGAGGUGGAACAGCCGUUCGCUUACGUUACGUUCGUGAUUGACAAUCCCGGAGGGUUGCAACCACGCGAGUUGGUGCAGUACACCGAACGGAUCAUCGGUGAGAAGGCUGAUUUCUUUUUCGCCCCAGCCGGCAGUCGUGUGAAGCUGGCCUCAGGUGAGCCUCAAGACUACGUGGCCUCGAUCGUUCCGGGCAACGUGCUGAACGUCUCCGCUUACCGCGCGUUCGAAGGUGUGAAGCGGUUGGUAACAGUCCCGCCGGAACUCUACUCGGUACGGGUGGAAUCAUUCGGGAGUAUUGGGGCGGUGAUUGUUCGCCUCGAUCAGCCUCUAUCCAAUCGUGCGGGUGAGGGCUGGGAGGAUGAAAUCUAUGUGACCUUCGAGUCUUCCAUUGGCCCUAACGUGGCCGACAUCCUGGAAUACUUGAUCGCUGUGUGGACUCCAGAACUCUCAACCGACUCAUUGAGCUUUGACCACAUCCGCAGCGUGACAGCCAGCUAUCCGGCUAACUUCGCCAUCCUGGAUCGGAAGAAUGUUAUCCAGGUACUCAAGGAAAUCUCGCGGCAGGCCCGUUGUGCCAUCUGGCUCUCCGGUACAACGUUCAAAAUGCGAUACCUUCCUGAGGUUCCGGAUGCGGUGACGACCAUCACCGAAAGCGACAUCAUGCCCAAGAGCAUGGAGGUGUCGCACACUGAGACUGAGGACCUUGUUACGAAGCUCACCGCUGAAUGGCGGGAGAGCUAUGCGGCGGUCGAGCCCAAUAAGGUGAUCCUCAAGCACAAUGUGAAAAAGUACGGCACGAUGGAGUCGGUCGAGGAUUACUACAUCUACAACAGCCAAGAACUGGUGGUCAAGAGUGCCACGUUCUGGCUGAUCCGACAGGCCAAUACCUGGAAGCGGGUGAAGUUCUCCACGCCAAUCAGCAAGUUGCAACUGGAAACGCUGGAUGGGGUAGAACUAGAUUUCAACACGGGGUAUAUCGCCAAUGAGGACGUGAUUGGGAUCGUCGAGAAGGCGGACUACGAUUCGGAUCGCCAUGAAAUCGACUUCGAGGUGUGGACCCCGGUCAAGGCCGGCACGAUGGUGACCUAUGACUUCGCUUACCCGGCUGAAGUGGACCAGACACUGUUGUUCCCCACGGUGGAGGAGAUAGCCGCGGGUAACGCCGGGGGUGACGGGCCUGGCAAGAAUGCCAAUGGGCAGUUGUUACCGCCGACGUUUGCCAUUGUACCCGGGUACCGGAUUCACCAGGACUACGGAGACCCGAGACCGUCUGAUACCGGUGACGUGGCCCCACCGUUACCCACCAACUUGAUCUUGGCUUCGUUGUUCGAUCUGAACGAUCCCGGGUUGGAAACCUCCGACUACGAUCAAACGCCUUACGCCCCUGGCGUGGUGUCCACUCAGAUUGAUAUCCGUCGCACCCAGAUUGUGGACUCGGCAACCGGUGAGGCCGCAACGCUGGAUUCGUUCUUCAAUCAAGUCAAGGACGGUACGAUCCAUCUGAAGCCGUCGAUCACGAUCAGUGAUGAAACGAACGAGUCACCGUUCAACUUUGUGUACGACGCCACGAUCGGGCAGUUCGCACCGGAAGCGGCUCACCUCUAUGACGAUGAGGCGUAA